CCACCAGAGCAGCCACUGCAAAGAGUUAUUGGUUUUUAAUCUAAAACGAUCAGAAGGAAGUAGGAAGUAAAAAAGAGAAAGGAAUGUCUUCUGCAUUCAACUUCGGCUCUACUCCAUCGACAGCUCCUGGCUUCGGCUUUUCAUCUUCUACUUCAUCGACAGCUCCUGGCUUCGGCUUUUCAUCUUCUACUUCAUCGACAGCUCCUGGCUUCGGCUUUUCAUCUUCUACUACAUCAUUCGGCUCUUCAUCUUCGGCUUCUUCUUUCUCCAGUAGAAGCGCAAAGUCAACUGUCACUACACCCGUGAACGAGAAACCAUUGACGGAUACUGAAGAUGAUUUGAGAAAGAGAAUAAGUUUCUUAAGUGGAUUUAUGGUGGCUUUCAAGGACCAAAUUCACACCGAUAUAAAGCUUAAGCCUAACAAUGGCCCCUGCAUUUCAGCUCACAGAUCUUUACUGGAAGCAAGAUCAGAAAUCUUUAAGAACAUACUAAGCUCAGACAACUUCAAGGCUCCACCGACCGAUACUGAUACGAUGACACUAUCAGAGUUAAGCACCGAAGAGCUCGAGUCCCUCCUAGAGUUUCUUUACACUGGGGAUUUGCCUGCCGAUAAGUUUAAGAAGCAUGUUUAUGCGUUAUGUGCUGCAGCUGAUAAGUAUGAGAUUCCGUACUUACAGGAGUCGUGCGAGCGAUACAUGCUGAAUUCCUUGAAUGCAUCGAACGCUCUCGAUAUUUUAGAUUUAUCGAAUUUGUAUUCGAAGAAGAAACUGAAGGAAACAACUUUGAACUUCAUCGUCCGGAACAUGAAGAGCAUAGUUUCGUCGCAGAAGUAUGAAGAAUUUGCAUCCAGCAACCCCCAUCUUUGUGUUGAGGUUUCAAGGGCGUUUGUUGAAGCCAAAUUUUGAUGGAAGAGAUGGGAAUGGUAAUAACAUGCAACCAAUGGUAUGGGAACAAUGUCUAAACAUCUAUGUAACUAUGACUUUUAGAACAAAUGAUCCUUUUUGAUGAAUCGCAGUAUUAGUAUGUAUGUCGAUAUUGACCAAAUACUUUCAUAACUAAAAGGAAUG